CUUUGCAGUGUGGUUUACACGGGCAGUCGGGAGGCUCGGCACGCCGCUCAGCCUUUGCAAACUGCUCCGUAACGUUUUCAGGCAAAUUAGGAAAAAAAAAAAAGAAAAAAAGGCAGCAAAGGGGGGAGAGGAAGAGUUACAGCUCUCCUUGUCUUGCAGAUGGAAAAGGGAGAAUUAAGCAGCUGAAAAAUGCGGGUGAUGCUGCGUGCGUUGGGAGGGGAUAACUAAUGAGCCUCCGAAAGGUCACGGUUUUGCUCAUGGUUAACCUUCAGCAAGCUGUUACGUAGGCAGGGCAUGGGCUGCGCUGGUAUAAAAUGAAUCCGUCUCCUCUUCUCUUCCAGGAGAGAGGCUGAGACCUGCUGAAGGAUAACGGGGCUGUGCAGCACAGGAGCUCCUCGUUCAGGCUGCGACGGAUCAGACGGCGCUUGGCUCCGCCGGGGAAGGACACGCACAAGGGGAAGGUGCUGGAGCUGCAGACGUGGAAACUCGCCGCGCUGAGGGCCGCCAAAAAAGCUGAGUUUUGGCCUGCGAAACGUUUGCUGCCCUGGGGAUUUCUGUGUGCCGAAGAUGGGGUCUGCCCGUUCCGGAGAGGGAGUGACGAGGAGGGCGAAGCUUUGCUGACCGCCGGGGAGCCCGGACGGCGCCUGGAUGCGCUUCACUGGUGGGGAAAACACUGCCAGGACUUGUGGGCAGGGAGGGUUUGGGGCAGUGGAGGGGCCAUGGGGCUGCUCUGGGCUCUGCCCCACAGCGGGGCCGGCCGGCUGCCCCGGCACUGAGACAUCAUCAGGGGCGUGGGGCCGGGCGUCCGUCUGUGCCACCAGCCCCGCGCUCCGGCACUGUCUCCAGGAUACCGGGGAAGGGAGACGAGGCAGGGGCUGAGAAACGUAGCAGUGCUGAUGAUCUCCUAGUCUCAAGAAAAAGAACCUUCCUGUUUUUCUAGGGAUCAACCGGGCUGCGUUUCUCCACGCUGCUCCGGAAGUCUCUUCUAAGCCCUUGAUUUCUCCCCCCAGUUCAGAACGUUUUGUUUCUCUGUGUGUGUGCGUGUGUGUGUGUGUGUGUGUGUGUGUGUACGUGCUCAGAUUUGCUUUCACUCUGUGUCGCCUUGGAAGUGAUGGGCUCCCAGCGAGACCACCCCACUUACAAGCACCUGUAAGCAACGAUGAGGGGCUCGACUUCCAACCACGUUUCUGACCUGGAAGCUCCGCGACCCUCCCGGCUUUUCGAGUGACGACGGAGAGGGGAGCCGAGAUGGCGGAGAAGUGCGACUGCAUCGCCAGCAUGUACGGGUACGACCUGGGCUGCCGCUUCGUGAACUUCCGCCCGCUGGGCUUCGGGGCCAACGGGCUGGUGCUGUCGGCCCUGGACAGCAAGAGCUGCCGCAAAGUGGCGGUGAAGAAGAUCACGAUCGGCGACGCGCGGAGCAUGAAGCACGCCUUCCGCGAGAUCAAGAUCAUCCGCCGCCUGGACCACGAGAACAUCGUCAAGGUCUACGAGGUGCUGGGCCCCAAGGGCGCCAACCUGCGCGGGGACUUCUUCAAGUUCAACAUGGUGUACAUCGUGCAGGAGUACAUGGAGACCGACCUGGCGCGGCUGCUGGAGCAGGGCAAGCUGGCCGAGGAGCACGCCAAGCUCUUCAUGUACCAGCUGCUGCGCGGGCUCAAGUACAUCCACUCGGCCAACGUCCUGCACCGCGACCUCAAGCCGGCCAACAUCUUCAUCAGCACGGAGGACCUGGUGCUGAAGAUCGGCGACUUCGGGCUGGCCAGGAUCGUGGACCAGCACUACUCGCACAAGGGUUACCUCUCAGAAGGCCUGGUGACCAAGUGGUACCGCUCCCCCCGCCUCCUGCUCUCGCCCAACAACUACACCAAAGCCAUCGACAUGUGGGCGGCCGGCUGCAUCCUGGCCGAGAUGCUGACGGGAAGGAUGCUCUUUGCUGGGGGCCACGAGCUGGAGCAGAUGCAGCUCAUUCUGGAGACCAUCCCCGUCAUCCACCAGGAGGACAAAGAGGAGCUGCUCAAGGUGAUGCCCAUGUUCAUCAACAGCACGUGGGAAGUGAGGAAGCCGCUGAGGAAGCUGCUGCCCGAGGUGGACAGUGAAGCUAUUGAUUUUCUGGAGAAGAUACUGACAUUUAACCCCAUGGAUCGGCUGACGGCCGAGAUGGGCCUGCAGCACCCCUACAUGAGUCAGUAUUCCUGCCCCGAGGACGAGCCCGUGUCCCAGCACCCAUUCCGGAUUGAGGACGAGAUCGACGACAUUCUGCUGAUGGAGGCCAACCAGAGCCAGAUGUCCAACUGGGACAGGUAUCACAUAAGCCUCUCCUCUGAUUUGGACUGGAGGCACGACAAGCACCACGAGAUGGAUGAGGUUCAGCGGGACCCCCGGGCAGGGUCUGAAUCCACCGCUGAGGAAGCGCAGGUCGACCCACGGAAAUACUCACAGAGCAGCUCGGAGAGGUUCCUGGAGCUGUCCCACUCCUCCAUGGACCGAGUGUUUGAUGCAGACUGUGGGAAAUCGUGUGAUUACAAAGUGGGGUCGCCUUCCUACUUGGACAAACUGCUGUGGAGGGACAGCAAACCCCACCACUACUCAGAGCCCAAGCUAAUCCUAGAUUUGUCCCACUGGAAAAGAGCGACCAUAGCGCCCGCAGCUGAGCUGUCGCUGGAAGAAGAACCAUCCAACCUCUUCCUGGAGAUCGCCCAGUGGGUGAAGAGCACGCAGGCGGGGCUGGAGUGUCCCAGCUCCCUGCCCGAGAUCCAGGAGCGGAGCCUGCCCUCUUCCCCUCACCGCCUGCGCAAGGAGCCCGCCGAGGUCAGCAGGGAGGCGGACCCCGAGUUCGACCUGGACGUCUUCAUCUCCAGGGCGCUGAAGCUUUGCACAAAACCCGAGGAUCUUCCGGACAACAAGCUCAACGAGAUCAACGGGGCCUGCAUCUCCGAGCACCCCGGGGAGAUGGUGCAGGCAGAGGUGUACCAGAAGGAGCGGUGGUGAGGGGGGAACCCCCGCUGCGCCUCCCUCUCCCUCUCGGGCGGUGUGGCCGCUGCCCGGGGGCCGAGUGGCUUCCCCACUGUCAUGGACCAUCCGCUUUUCACACUGUACCAAAU